GGCCGGGGCCGACAAUAGCCGCCAUGAGGAGGACUCUGGACACUGUGUUGCGGGCAGCGUAGGAUGUGAUUUCAAGAAACCAUCUGCAUUUGAAUGAAGAAAUCUUUUGAGUUCAUGCUGCAGUUGGCCGAUUUUAGCAUGGGUCAAAACCAGCAAGUGCAGACACAGGAAGAGGGGCUGGAGUUGGAAUGCAUCCAGGCCCUCUACAGGUCGUUCAUCACGCAGUGCCCCAGUGGGUCUUUGUACCUGCAUGAGUUCAAGAAGAUGUUUGGAGUACAGCAUGGUACACCUGAAUCCCACUACAUGGACAGCAUCUUCCGAGCAUUCGACAUGAAUCACGACCACACGAUGGAUUUCAUAGAGUACGUGGCGGCGCUCAAUCUCGUACUGCGUGAGAAGCUUGAAGAUAAGCUGCGGUGGUCUUUCAAGGUGUUUGACAGCGAUCGCAACGACCGCCUGGACAGAGAUGAACUUCUGAAAAUUGUGAAGAUAUACCACAGGAUAAAGAACGGCUGCGUGUCCGAUGAGACAGGAACGCAGAGCCUCACCACUGAGCAGGUGUGUGAGCGCAUCUUUCAAGAGGUCGAUUUGAACAGUGACGGUGAGAUUACACUGGACGAGUUUGUGCAGGGCGCCCACAGGAGUCCCUGGUUGCAGAACUUCCUGCGGCUGGAUGUCAAUCCCUGUGGAUGGGUGCAGAGGUACUUGAGUGACAGGAAACUCACGUGUUCCAAAGAUUCCUGAAAACCACCAUCUUCAGAACGGACUGCGGAAAAGAGAGGAAAUGCAUUGCAGACCUGCAGGAAGAGUAGAAAUACUUUUACCAGCAAUGUGUGAGAAGAUUCCUCAUGCCUUUAUUGUGCAGUACAACACUUCUACCUUGUGAAAUAACUUAAGCCUGUUGACUGUAAUAUAAAACAAGAGAUUAUAGCGCAUAUCUGACAUUGAGUAUUAUCACGUAUUGUGGCCUCAUGUUGCUUUGAAGUGUUCAUGUUGUAAAGAUAUGUUAUUAUUAAUAAAAACGUAAUGAAACUUGU